GUAGAAGGGUUUCAAAGGUAUUUUCGUCAGUAUUUUUCAAAUUUUUCGUUCGUGAAAGACGUCAAAGAAAUACAAUAGAAUAAUCAUUUUGGUGUUUGAAUACUAAAUCUUACAUUUUGUCUGUACAAAUGCAUUUGCACUGAUGGAAGAACUAAUUUUAAGAUAGUCUUGUCUGCGGACGCAGUAGAGGUUAGUAAUCUUACUACGACUUACGAACAAUUCGACAAAAAGGGAAAACAGGGAAUAAAUUGGACCAAAAAUCGAAAAAUUGACAAAACAGGACUAUAAAAAUGAGUGUCGAUCGUAAGUUGACCCUCGAGAGUAGGGGCAUUUUUUUCACAAACAAAGUCCCAACUCCAUCAGUAUCAUCAAAGCGUUCUCCAUAUGUGUGCUUCACCUGCAUGCGUAAUCUUUUCUCCGAGACAUCUGCGAAAAAGCACAUGCUUAGCCACUACCACUUGGAACACACGAACAUAUUCAACAAGUACUUUGAAACUAUUCCGCCAUCCAAUUCGACUGAGAAGACGAGUGUAAUGUGCAAGCUCUGCAAAUUGAAACUAGCCUGGGCAGAUGCGCUGGAGCACGCUCAGACUCACAAUGUCACCGUCUGGCUCAAACCCGAUGACUUACAUCGGACAUUUUUCAGACACUUCAUAUCUGAGCACCAGAACAACAUCUACAAGUGCAACAUGUGCCAUUUCAUUUACGGACACUGGUUUCACGCUGUGGAACACAUCAAGGACGCCAAGCACAUGAAAUUCUGGAACAUGACAUCAGCGCCAUCGGCAAAUUAUGCCCACUACGAGAACACAAUGGCACAAUUUGAGAUUUUAGUCAAGAACCAAAUCUUCAUCGGCCAGUACAAACCGUACUAUUGUCACGCGUGUAGUGCAGGAUUCGACAACUUUGCCCAAGCAAAUAAGCACUGGGAGGGAGUUGAGCACAAUAAUAUGCGAUUAAAAUUUACUAACGAUAUUUCUCAGUUCAAGAUGAAAAUCCCAGAAUCCCUUGACUGGAUCAAGAAGUCGAUCUUCAUGGUCGUGAUGAAAGACAAGAUUUACUGCAAGAUUUGCGAUAUCUAUAUGAUAGAUGUUAAGGAAAUAGAUACUCACGUAAAAGGACACAAAGCGGAGUAUGUGUCAGCAAUUGAGGCGGACAAUAAGCAACAGUCAGAAAUGGAGAACUUUGAUCCAGACAACCAUUCUUAUGGUCCAAGCGUUCCCAUGACUGAAUGUGCACUUACAGUCCCUGAUCACCUCAUGUGGAUAAUCAGUGCCCACAAGGUUGUUGUCAAGCAUCAGUUCUUGUAUUGUGUAAUCUGCAAGAAAGUCCUGAACAACAACAGCGCUGUCGAAGGUCACUUUCUGAAGCAUCUCAAGCCAAGUUGGCAGGAAACGUAUAUGCGCGUUCCGCGCAAGGGUCUCACGAGAGAUGCCCCAGCGACGACAAAAGAAGCUGAAAAAUCUGGUUUUGUUGGAACUUCUGGACUAGGUGCCUCGUCUUUUCAAACUGCAAAAAGAACUGCCGUAAGUCUCGGUGGUUUCGAGGCAAACAAGAUACAAAAGAUGAACCCUUCGGUCGCAAAACCUGCUUUUCAAAGUGUCAGCAACAAUAAACAAAUCUUGCCUAUUAACUCCCAGGUAGCUAAUAACCCGCCUGCCAAAAAUCCUCGUCCCCCUCUGUUAAGUACUCCAGGACCCUCAGGAAUCUCACAAUUCCACCCUGACGCAAUGGGCACACACUACCCAGCAGCCAUGACAACCAUCCCGAGGAACGGUCGCCCGGGCCUUCUGGGAAAUCAUCCUCCUCUGCUCCCACCUUUUGGUAACCUUUCUAAAACUCAAAUCAAUAAGGAUAAGAAUCCCAGACCCAACCUCAUCGACUUGAUGAAAAACAUCCCUUCCUUGUUGAGUAAACCUGUCAGUAAAGUACCUGCGAAUAAUCCUGAUUCGUCAUCCAUUUCCAAUGGCACGACUCGCUUCAGCAAUCAUCCUAAUCCACCUGUGAACAAUCCACCUGUGAAUAAUCAAUUUCAUAACAAUCCUAGGAAUAAUCCUAUUAACAAGCCUCCCAAUGCCCAACUUCCAAAUAGACCCACAUUUGGAAAAAAUAAUCCUCCCAAACCAAAUCCACAAAUUCUACCAUCGAACAAUGCACUUUUAAAUACACAAAUAAUGGUGAAAUUACACAAAGCAAGCUACUUGUUCUUCAAUAAGAACAUGAUCUACGACAUGUCGCCAGAAAAGAAGAGAAGAAUCAUUUUGAGCUCCCAGCUCUCAUUCUUUGUCAAAUACACCUCGGAUUAUUUUAUCUACUGUGUUGUGUGUGAGAAGAGCAUCCCCUACAAUUUGCAGUACAUCUAUGAGCAUUGGUGCUCUUCUGAGCACACCGAGUACUUGGGGAAGAUGGAAGAAGAUGACAAACAAUUCUCAAAUUAUCCAACUCAGUUUAGUUGUCUCGCUUUGUCGAAGGAGUUCAUGGUAGAGAAUCAGAAAUCUGGGGUGGCUUCGGGUUCCGGAUUGAGAGAGUUCACUUGCUGUGCUUGUGAUGUCUCGGUCCAGGAUAAUGAUUCCUUGCUCGGGCAGCACUUUCAGAGUGAAACUCAUCAGAAGAAUGUUCAGAGAUUCAGGAGGCAUUCUCAGGAGAUGUGUAAGGAUCUUUUUCCUCUUGUCGAGAGCAGUUGGUACAGUAUUGAGAAGUAUUCUUGCUGGCCUUGUCAGAAGAUUAUUUCAAACGAGGUUCCUUAUGCAGACCAUCUAGAGAGUAGGUCUCAUUUGAAUAUCAUCCACGCGAUGUCACCUGCAGAGAAGAAGAGACAUUAUUUCGAUUCUUGUACGGUUUGUGGAAUACUCUGGUUUGGCGAUCAGGAUGAAUUUCCGAAACAUUGUUACAAGGAUGCUAUUCACAAGGAAUUGACGAGGAGUAUUGAAGAUAGAGUGGAUCAUCUGCCCGAAGAGGGCAUUAAUUUGUGUUCGACGGCUGAAGAUACUAUUGCAGAGUUGAUUUACGAGGCGGAUAAAGUACUACAGGAUCGAGGAAGAGAGAGUGAAUUGAUCAGGAGUUUGGAACUGGCUGUGAGGCGAAAGUUUCCUGAAGCCAAAGCACAUCCCUUUGGAUCCAGGAUGACCGGUUUGGGAUUCACCAAUAGCGACAUUGACAUUUUCCUCGAUUGUGGUGGUACUUACGAUGGUAAAUUUUGUCAUCCUGCUGAUCUAAUCGAGAGGAUUCAUCAUUGCUUGAAGCUCGAUUCUCAAGCAUGGAGUGUCGAAAGUGUAAUAGAAAACAGUCGAACUCCAAUUAUAAAAGUCUAUCACAGUCACUCCCUGCUCAAAUGCGACGUUUCAUUCUCAAACGGACUAAGCGUUGAAAAUACGAAACUUUUAAAGCUUUAUCUCGAUGCUUACCCGCCUUGUAGGGAAAUGAUUCUCUUUAUCAAAAAAUGGCUCGGUAUUUGUGGUAUCUCAGGAUCACGGAACAUAACGAGUUACGCCAUUUCCUGGUUUGUCAUUUUCUACCUUCAAAUCAGACAGAUUUUACCAAGCGUCGCAUCUUUGAUGACAAACAACCACAAUAUAAAGAACAUUUCUGGGUGGGAUGUGGGAAUGAGGCAAUUUUCAGUACCUAACUGGGCAACCGAAUUGACGACAAAACAACUUUUACGAGGUUUUUUCUCCUACUACGCCGCAUUCGACUACAGAUUUAAUGUAGCAUGUCCUCUUCUGGGACUCAUAAAAACGAAAAAGGAAUUUUUGUACCUUCAGCUCUUGCCUGACGAAAUGAAAAGCUACGUGGAACACGUAACGACUGAACCCGAUCCAGAAUUAUUCCGUAUUGAUUCUGCAAUGUGUAUACAAGAUCCUUACGAUCUCUCACACAAUCUUACUAAAGCUGUCAAGAAACUGAUUGUGAAUCGCUUUCGAAAAUUGUGCGGAAAAAGUGCACAAAUUCUGUCUAGCGAUCAAUAGGAUUGUAAAAACCACAAUCUAAAAAGACCUUUUCUCAUUCUCUUUUGAAGAAAAAUCCAAAUGU